AUGGCGUCCCCCACUCACAAUCCACAACAUCCCUUCUUCACACACCUCGUCGCCCUACUCUCUGUCUACGAACUCGGCCCGUCCCUGCCCACCCCCAUCCCCAAAUAUGACGGCCCCAGUGAUUGGCAGAUCGAGAGCAUCCUCCGCUCUCUCGGCGCCAUGGCCCGCCGCAUGCACACCGCCGAGGAGGCCUUGAGUGCAUUCCGCGAGGCCGAC